AUGGCGUCCGCUACCGACUCCCGCUAUGGGCAGAAGGAAUCCUCGGACCAGAACUUCGAUUACAUGUUCAAAAUCCUCAUCAUCGGCAACAGCAGCGUGGGGAAAACCUCCUUCCUCUUCCGGUACGCUGACGACUCCUUCACACCCGCCUUCGUCAGCACCGUCGGCAUCGACUUCAAGGUCAAGACCAUCUACCGGAACGACAAGCGCAUCAAGCUGCAGAUCUGGGACACAGCCGGCCAGGAGCGGUACCGCACCAUCACCACCGCCUAUUACCGCGGUGCCAUGGGCUUCAUCCUGAUGUACGACAUCACCAAUGAGGAGUCCUUCAACGCUGUGCAGGACUGGUCCACCCAGAUCAAAACCUACUCCUGGGACAACGCCCAGGUCCUGCUGGUGGGGAAUAAAUGUGACAUGGAGGACGAGCGCGUCGUCUCCUCGGAGAAGGGCCGCCAGCUCGCUGAGCACUUGGGCUUUGAGUUCUUCGAGGCCAGCGCCAAGGACAACAUCAACGUGAAGCAGACCUUCGAGCGCCUGGUGGACAUCAUCUGCGAGAAGAUGUCGGAGUCCCUGGACACGGCCGACCCGGCCGUCACCGGCGCCAAGCAGGGCCCCCAGCUCACGGACCAGCAGGCCCCCCCGCACCAGGACUGUGCCUGCUAGGACCAGCCCCCCCCCCUCCCCCCCCAAAACACCCCUCAAUAUUGGUCAGUGCACCCCAAUCCUGCCCCCUCUCCUCCCCCUGAGCCCCUCUUCUUGGGGGGGUCCCAUGGGGGCUUUUGCUGCUGAUACCUCCGAAAGGGCUGCAGCCCCUCUAGGAGCCCCCCUUCAGUUAGGCUCUGCCCCCUCCAUCCCCUUAAUUUAUUUUUAAGCCUGGCUGGUAGAACCCCCCCCUUGUUCUGCUUUUAAGCGCUCCAAAACCCCCUUUUUCCUUGAGGAAUACUGUUUUCUUGCUCACCCCCCCAUCCCAUCCCUCCCUUGGGAGCAGGGAUGCACCCCUGCCCUUUUGGGGAGCUGCAGUGGGACCCCCCCCCCCCAAACCUCAGAUCCCCACUGGGCCUCCCCAUGCCCCCAUCCCCAGCCUGGCCUUCCCAAAGAGCUCCUUGGUUGGGGGGGGGGGGUUCUCUUUGUGCCCGGCUCCGCCCCCCCCCCCCCCGCAGAUGGAUGGAUACUUCCUAUCUCUUGUUUAUUUGUAUAAAUAGAUGCUAAUUUAUGCUCCCGCCGUCUUCCUCCUUGUACAUAAAGAAGAACCCCUUGUAAAUAGGUGUAGAAGUGACGCUGUGCGUGACCUGCCGUGCUGUGGCCGUGUUGGUGCAUCCAGGUUUCCUUUCUCUCUGUGGUAACCUUGCUUGUGAAUAUCUUGGCAAGAGAAAUCCUCUUUAAAGGUACCCCCAGAACCCCCCCCUUC